AUGAGAAUUAGAUGUGUUAAUUUAAGUCAAACACUCAUUAAUUACUGUGAAAACAAAGGAGGGUGUAUGUUUAGUUAUACAGAAGAAGUAAAAGUUGUUUUUGUUGAAGUUCUUUUAGGUUCCAUAUUUAGUAAAAUUAUAAAAAUUAAAAUAGAAAACAACGAUAUAGAAAAGUAUAUAUUUGAAAUGUGUGAGAUAGAAAAUUAUUUAAGUAAAAAGAUGCGUAAAAUACCUGCUAUAUCACUAAUCAAAUCAUAUUUAAAGAUAAUUUCAUGUCCACCAGAGGAUCCUGAAGUGUUUGUACAAAAUUUUUUACUCCAUUCAGGAAAUAACUUUAAUUUUAAUCAAAUUAUUGGGAAAUUUGAUGACAAAACAAAAACAAAUAUUCUAAAAGAGGAAUAUUCUAAAUUAAUAAUUAAAAAAUAA